AUGGCGCCAGCGAUCAAAGCGGCAGCAGCCCCCAUCAUUAUCAUCAACAACAGCAGCAGCAGCAGCACGGGCAUCAUCACCAACACCAGCAGCAGCAGCCACAGGCGCACGACCAUCAUCAUAAUCAUCAUCAUCACCAUCAGCAUCAUCAUCACCAUCAUCAUCAGCAGCAGCAGCAGGACCACGUCGCUAUCUGUCGAUGAGCAAAGUGUCACAGCGAUCAAAGCGGCAGCAGCCCUCAUCAUUAUCAUCAACAACAGCAGCAGCAGCAGCACGGGCAUCAUCACCAACACCAGCAGCAGCAGCCACAGGCGCACGACCAUCAUCAUAAUCAUCAUCAUCACCAUCAGCAUCAUUAUCACCAUCAUCAUCAGCAGCAGCAGCAGGACCCGGACGGCCUGGCGCAGCAGCCGCACCAUCAUCAUUAUCGUCAUCAUCAUCAUAAGCAGCAGCAGCAGCAGGAGCAACAGGAGCAGCGCACGUUGUUUGGGAGGUGGACGCUGGCGCCCCUACCGAUGA